CAGCGCUCACGGGCUUUUGGAGUACUGCGCAUGCACGUCAUUUUGAGCCGUAACGGUCGGAGGAGAAGUUAGAUCAGCUCCUCCCACACUGGAAAUCAUCAUUAAUGAAUGUCCUCCCACUGCAAUCACAUCAUCAGUGAAGCUCCUCCCACUGCAAUCACAUCAUCAGUAAAGCUCCUCCCACAGCAGUUCUCCAAUAAAUGCUGGGAUAUUCCCAUCAAACGAGCAUCAGAGCAUCAGAGCAUCAGGAGGAGCUGAAAUCUGCAAAGACUGAGUUUAUUAAAGAGGACAGUGAGAACAUGAGUGAUCCAGAACCCUGCAGAAUGAAACACACUGAAGAUACUGAAGAACAAAGAGACCUGAUGGAGGAGAGCGAGGAGAGUGAAGAACUGAGUGAAGUGGAGGAGGAACAUCAUGACAAACCUGGAGAAAAACCUUUGAGUCGCUCAAAGACUAAAAAGACAUUUUUAAAGAAAAGAAGAGCAAAGAAAUCUUUCACCUGCACUCAGUGUGGAAAGAGUUUCACAACAAAACAAUAUCUUGAUGUUCACAUGAGGAUCCACACUGGAGAGAAGCCGUUCGCUUGUGAUCAGUGUGGGAAGAGAUUCACAAAAUCAGAUUACUUGAAGUUACAUAUGAGGAUCCACACCGGAGAGAAGCCGUAUGCAUGCGAUCAGUGUGGAAAGAGAUUCACUUACAAAAAUGAACUUGAUACACACAUCAGAAUUCAUACUGGAGAGAAACCAUUCAAGUGUGAUCAGUGUGGGAAGAGUUUCCGUAAAUCUUCACACCUUAAAGGACACAUGAGGAUCCACACUGGAGAGAAGCCGUUCAUGUGUGAUCAGUGUGAAAAGAGAUUCACAUACAAACAUAGUCUUGAUGUUCACAUGAGGAUCCACACUGGAGAGAGACCGUAUGUAUGCAAUCAAUGUGGGAAGAGUUUCACCCGAUCAGAACACCUUAAAGGACACAUGAAAAUCCACACUGGAGAGAAGUCGUUCACAUGUGAUCAGUGUGGGAAGACGUUUCUUUGGGCAUCAGCCUUGAGGACACAUCUGACAGUUCAUAUGAAGGAGAAGCCACAUUCAUGUUCUGUGUGUGGAAAGAGUUUUUCACUGCUGCAAAGUUUACAUAAACAUGAGAAAAUACAUACUGGUGUAAAAGCUUAUAUGUGCUUUGAGUGUGAGAAGACUUUUACUUAUGAAAUCAGUUUAAAAGUGCACCAGAGAAUUCACACUGGAGAAAAACCUUUCAAGUGUUCACACUGUGACAAGAGAUUCAGUCAGUUAGCAAAUCUGAAAACACACGAAUGGGUUCACUCUGAAGAAAAACCUUGCAAGUGUUUGUACUGCGACAAGAGAUUCAGUCAUUCAUCAACUCUAAAAACACAUGAGAGGAUCCACACUGGAGAAAAACCUUACAAGUGUUCACACUGUGACAAGAGAUGCAGGCAGUUAACAGAUCUGAAACGACAUGAGAGUAUCCACAGCAGAGAGAAGCCGCACACAUGUGAUCAGUGUGGAAAGAGUUUCUCUUUUAAAAGUCACCUGAAGAUACACAUGAAGAUCCAUGCAGAGGAGAAACCACAUCACCGCAGUGUGAGAUCACGAACUACCAGAAAUCAUCUGGAAGGAGAGGACAGAGAGAUCCAGUGAUCCAGAACCUGCAGAUGAAACAUCACGAUCCUGAAGAACAAAGAGGUUGUGUCAAUGAGUGAUUUGACAAACAAACAUCAUCCAAAGUCUUCAGAAGUUUGUGUUUAUUUUCUGAAUGAAUUUGUGUCACUCAGUUCUCUUUUAUGAAGGAAAUUAGUAGUUCUCGUUCAUUUGUAUUUUCUGAUUGAAUCAGGAAUAUUUUUAGCUCUGAAAGCCAUGAAGUAGCCUAUUAUGAUUGCUUUUUUGAGCUUUUCAUGUUUUUAAUUUUCUCAAUAGAGCUUUUACAUGCCUAAUAAAUCAUAUUUCACUGCA